CAGACUCAUAGUCGCACUUGGCAUAGAAAAAUCUGUGGGGUUUGUAUCAUCAUAGCCGGAGGCAAUUUCUCAGCAAACGGUAUAAGAAGAGUUCGUCACUAGUCAUCCAGAGUUGUUAUUCACUCAUCAUAGCAAUCAUACUACAGCUAAAUACUCUAGGCAACAACACCACCACACAAUCACCUAUGUCCAACCACAACAUCAUCAUGCCUUCCGGAUCAGCAUGGAGUCUCAGUCCACAGGACGCAGCUCCUCAUCGAUCCAUCUUUGGCUCUCUCCGCAAACUUGGUCGCAAGAACAGCAACGCUUCUACAACCUCAAACCCUUCACGGACACCAUCACCCUCGAGCACUAUGGGUAGAAGUAACCCCUUCUCACCAGAAGACGUAGGAAGAAAUCCCCUCUCCAACCCCUCUCCAGCAACCAGACGACCAGACCGUCCAGGAAUGAACGCCUUCACCGUUCCCUCCAACGAGCCUCCACCAGCCUACACCCCAUCCCCAACGACCCCCACAGCAGCCCAAACCUUCGAGCUUCCCGCCUCCUCAGCACCAGUCCCAACGCCAGUAGCCACCCACCACAGCGGCGGCGAAGACCCCUACUCCUUCCUCGCAACCUUCGACACCACCCUCCUAAUUGACGACUCGGGCUCCAUGGCCGGCCGCUCCUGGCGCGAAGUCUCGCAAGCCCUCUCCACCAUCGCUCCCAUCGUAACCAAGCAUGACAGCGACGGCAUCGACAUCUACUUCCUGAACCACAAAUCCUCAAACCCGGGCGCCGUCAACGACGGCAUCGCUGCCGGCGGAUACAGAGGCAUUAAGCGGGCUGCUACCAUCACCGAGAUCUUCGAGCGAGUACGACCUGGUGGCGGAACUCCAACUGGUAUUCGGAUCCACAAUAUUCUAAAACCAUACUUGGCAAAGCUGGAGAAGGAGACGGCAGAGGGCAGGGAAAUGAAGCCGUUGAAUCUUAUUGUGCUGACGGAUGGAGUUCCGUCUGAUGACGUGGAGAGCGUGUUGUUGAGUGCUGCCAAGAAGCUGGAUAAGCUUGAUGCGCCGCCGUUCCAGGUUGGUGUGCAAUUUUUCCAGGUCGGCAAUGAGGAGGGUGCUAAGGAGGCGUUGGAGGAGCUUGAUGAUGGGAUUAGUGAGCUCGUUGAGGGGGGUGUGAGGGAUAUGGUUGAUACUGUUACUUGGACUGGUGGUGUGGCCAGCAGUGAGGGAGGAGUUGGUCUUACGGGCGACGGCAUACUUAAAUGCGUACUUGGCGCUGUGGUAAAGAGACUCGAUCGCAGACGGGCAAGUGGAGAGGUCAGAAGAUCUUAGAGGUUGGUGGGUGGUUGAGGUUUCACUUGUUCUCAUUCUUUACUUCUCUGCAUCAUAUUUUCGCUUCUGCAUAAGGGCUUCUCUGAGGAGUUUGGCAUGGAUUGGCGUUUCCUAGAAGCUAUACAAGGGUCGUUUAGAGAAUGAUACCCAAGACUUAGAAGAUUCAUUAGAUCUCUUCAUAAAACAGAGCUCCAUUAUC